AACCACUGAAUCACUCAAACAUGAAGCGUGAAAGGAUCGCUGUGUUUCAACUGGUAGAAGCCAAGGUGACAAGAGUCAGAAGCAGUAAGAGGUGGAGGUUUGCAAGGUGUUGGAUGCCAGUGUUUUACAGAACAAAGUUCUGCCUGUGACGGAAAGCUCCCCAGAUUCGGACAAUGAGUUGAUGAUGUCCCUGGGCCAGCAGCAGUCAGCAAGAGGUGUGCCUUGUUUGAAAUGCAAGGGGACGUGUUCAGGCUUCGAGCCACAUCCAUGGAGGAAAAUAUGCAAGUCAUGCAAAUGCAGCCACGAGGACCACUGCUUCAGCAAUGAGCUGGAAGACGAUCGGAAAAUCGGCCGCUUGCUGAUGGACUCCAAGUAUUCCACCCUCACGGCCCGGGUGAAAGGCGGGGACGGCAUCCGGAUUUACAAGAGGAAUCGGAUGAUCAUGACCAAUCCCAUUGCCACUGGGAAAGAUCCCACCUUUGACACCAUCACCUAUGAGUGGGCCCCGCCUGGAGUCACCCAGAAACUGGGCCUACAGUACAUGGAGCUCAUCCCGAAGGAGAAGCAGCCAGUGACAGGCACCGAGGGCGCCUAUUACCGCCGCCGCCAGCUCAUGCACCAGCUCCCCAUCUACGACCAGGACCCCUCUCGCUGCCGUGGACUUCUGGAGAACGAGGUGAAAGUGAUGGAAGAAUUUGUCAAGCAAUACAAGAACGACGCGCUGGGCGUGGGAGAGGUGGCCCUCCCUGGGCAGGGGGGCUUGCCCAAGGAGGAGGGGAAGCAGCAGGAAAAGCCAGAGGGCAUGGAGACCACCGCCCCAACCACCAAUGGCAGCAUCGGCGACCCAUCCAAAGAAUACUUCUGUGAGUUCUGCAAGGGAGCGGCGCCCGCUGACAGCCCUGUGGUCUACUCAGACAGGGCAGGCUACAACAAGCAGUGGCACCCCACCUGCUUUGUGUGUGUCAAGUGCUCCGAGCCACUGGUGGACCUCAUCUACUUCUGGAAGGACGGUGCACCCUGGUGUGGCCGCCAUUACUGUGAGAGCCUGCGGCCCCGGUGCUCUGGCUGCGAUGAGAUCAUAUUCUCGGAGGACUACCAGCGCGUGGAAGAUCUGGCCUGGCACCGAAAGCACUUUGUCUGUGAGGGCUGUGAGCAGCAGCUGAGUGGCCGGGCGUACAUCGUCACCAAGGGGCAGCUUCUGUGCCCAACUUGCAGCAAGUCCAAGCGCUCCUGAAGGGCCGCCCAUCCACAGCCGGAAUCCAUAGGAUCCCACCAAGAAGGAAGGCCAGGUGCUGAGGCCAUACUAAGGGUCUGAUGUGCCAGCAGCAAGCAACAAAAACAGUGAUUUUUUUAGUGGGAAUAUAUAUAUAUAUAUAUAUAUACACACACACACACACACACACACACACACACACACAUACACAUACAUACAUAUAUUCUAGGUUGGGUGGUGGUAGAUCCUUGAGGGUCAAUAGUUUCAAAGCCAGCAAUGUUCUGAGAAGUCUUAGAAUGGAGUUAUUUUGUUCUUGUUUCCCAGCUACCAACUAAAGACACAGCUGGCAUCCUGCGAGGGAUCGCUAGGAGUUUCCCAGAACACGGUUCUCGGUGAUCAGAUCACGUAGCUGUAGAAUGUGUGUGCUUUCUCAUGAGCGUGGGGCCUUGUCCCGGAGCAGGCCGGGACCCCAACAAUCAUUUGUGGCCUCCUUUUCAAAUGGAAUUUGAAUUUUAAAAACUUUUUUGGCAUGAUAAACAUAUCAAUAAAAGUUUGAUGAAGUCCACAUACGCCCUGGUGUAGUUAUUUACACCAUGGCAGUGAUCUUGCGGUGUCCGGUGAUCCCUGUGACCCUGGGCGCCUAGUGGUGGCAGGAGGUGCCCUAAGUGCCAGCGUGCCUAUUUGUCAACUACGUCUCAUCAGAUUUCUUUGAGAGUGUAGGUCCUCGGGGCAGAACUCCUGACCCCAGUUCCAGGAAGCCCCAGAUCUGUGAUGGAACGUGUCAUGUUUCCUGCUACAUUGAAGAGCGGCAUCUGGGAGCUGGUCAGCUGCCCUCACAGGUAGUGAGGGAACUCCUCCAGGAGUAAGACCAGGGGGAGUGUUGGGGAGCAGCCACACAAGGCCACCUGAGCUCAGCCAACGGGUGCCCUGGGGGACACGGUGACCAGUGAGGGCAGUCUUGAAGAAAUAUGGGAUGUUGAUGAGAAAUCUCUCUGCUUUUAAAUGUUGCCAACUGAACACUGAAUGAGCCAAAUAGAAUAAGUCUUUGGGCCAGAUUUCCUCUCUUUUUACGGCCUCUCUGAGCAUUUGCAGCUCCCAGAUUGGUUUCCUUUCCACGACUUCUAAGAAAAGGAAUCUCUUUUUCUAUGGGGGGAUCCAAAGACAAAAAAGACAUGAGUCUUACAAGCUCACAGCCCAGUCACCUGUGGCUUUCAUUCAUUCUUAAACUUCCCAUCUGUUGCCAAGUUUCUUUCAUUCCCCCACCCGAAUUUCACUCUGCUCAUCUCUCACCUACAAUACCCCAACUUCGCACGUUUGGCUAAAGGUAUUGCAAUUGCCUGGUGGUUUUCUGUUUCCAGUUCCUGUCUCCAGCUACCGGCUUCUCUGUCAUGUCCAUCUCCCCAGGGAGAAGCUUUGGGUGUGUCAUCUUCUUUCCCCAACCUCCAUGGCUCCCCCGUGUCUCAAGUUAAGAACCAAGACCUCCCCGACAUUUGGAUCUUUCCAAAAUCUGGCUUGUUUUUCUGGUCUUGGAAUUCUUCAUUUCUCUUGAUUUCCAUUUUCCUGUUUCUCCUAGACAUUCACCAACUGCCUUUGAUCAAGCCCUCUUCAGUGCUUUUGCUAGAUGUGUGCUGGUUUCUUGAAGACCAACACUAUCUGUUGAAAUUCUGUCUAUCCUAUAAGGUGCUUCUCAAGCAUAACCUGCUUCUCAAUCCCUUCCCAGAGGCACCAAUGGAAUAUUCACUCAUUCAUUUGCUCACUCACUAAUUCAUUCUGCAGAUAUCCACUGGGCAUUACAGAGUUCCAUUACCCAUGCUGAGUACAGGAGAUAGAGUGUUCACAGAAAGAACAGUGCCCACUGCCCCCUGGAUUUUACAGUCUGUGAGGGAGAUGGGCCUUAGCAAAUAUUCCUACAAGUCAAUGUAAAAUUACAGAAAGGGGAGGUACAUGCCUCUAUAAAGCAUAUGAAAGAGAUUGGACCUAGUCAGGGAUGUCAGGAGAGCUGCUCCUGGAAAAGUAACACUUGAACUGAGAUUUAAAGGUGAGUAAACUCUGAGCAGCCAAAGAGGGAAAGGAAGGUGGUUAAGGAUGGAUGGGCAGAUGGCAUGUGCAAAGGUCCUGUGGCUGAAGUAACAUCAGUUUAUGCAAUACGUAUUUACUAGUGUUGGAAAUACAGUGGUGACCAUGGCCCAUGGAUGGGACUGAAAGAAAACUAGUGUGGUGCCUACAGAGAGGGAGGAUGGUGUGAGACGCAGGAGUUACACCAAUUUUGUGGACAACAGAAAAAAACAGUCUCUGUCCUAAGAGCAAUGGGGAGCCUUCAGAGAGUUUUAAGCAACAGUGGUAAUGACGAGACAGAGAGAUUAUUGGAUACAUUCGCUCUCCUCUGCUCAAACCCCAGCAUGAUGCCUGACUGAUUUUGUCCUGGUUUUUUUGCCCACACCACUGUGGGUAGGAGUGAUGUCCCCUGACAGACCCCACCAGACACACUCCUGUCAUCCCCUUGUCUACUAAUGACACACCAUGCCUGCACUUGGAACACCUAAAUCCUCUCUGAAACUCCCCUGUUGUCAGAUGGGUCACGCAGCACAGUCUUUUCUCUCUGUCAUAGCCUUCCCUCCAUCCCCGAGGCCAUAUUUCACCUUGGACAUUUUCUGCCCAGACUGACAACAGUCUCCUAGUGAGUCUUCCUACCACGAACUUACCCCUCUCCACGCACUGCCCACAUGAACUGCUCAGAAACACAGGCCUCUUCUAAAACAGUCAGGGUCUUCCUGUGGCACACCCGGAAGAAAGUCAAAACUUUUUAGCCUUACAAUCAAGCUUCUUAAUUUUCCUGGCCCCGAACCACCUUGCUUCCUGCUCCCCACUCAGAAGUCAGGUAAACAGCUUGCCGGGCCCCAGAUAUGCUCCAGGCUUUCCCUGCCUCUGCACCAUUGCUCAGGCUGUUCCCUUUCCCCAGAGUUCCCCACACUGGGCUCAACUGCUGCCUCGUCUGUGGAACCGCCAGAGCUGAGUGGCAUUCUAGAGCAGAACCGGAAGGUGGUAUGCUUUCAAAGCCUACAGUGUUACCUUGUGCCUGAUUUUAUCCCCCAUUCAGCAAAAAGAGCAGCCGCCAUUCCCAUUACUCCUGUUCUCUAGGAAGACUUCCCUGGCCUCACCCUCCCCUCUGGGGUGUUUUAGGUUCAUCUGUGCUCUCAGAUAUCUGAGGCGCUCUGUGAUCAUUGACUGAUGCUACUGGGUUAUAAUUCCUAGUUGGUGAAAGGCUCCCCCUAUGAACUUCUUAAGAGGAUAGUCUAUCUCUGGUUCCCCAAUCCUUAUGAUAGCACCCAGCAACUAAAUGCAAGGAUAAACAGCCUAGGGCUCUUGGAGGACUCACUGUUGUCAGUGGCCCUGGGCUCCAAAAAGAAACAGUAUGUGACUUGGUCCUGGCCAAUGGGCUUCUCCAAUGGGGAGCUGCUUAGAAAAGUUUUCUGCCACUACAUCUGUAUCUUUGGGGUAAAUACCCAGUAGUGCAAUUGCUGGGUCCCCAGUGUU